GCAAAAUGCCAAGAAGACUUCAAGUGCGAGCUAGUUACAAAUCUGAUGUACCUCCAAAUUAGCUUGGAACUGUCUUCACUAAUGGGAGUGCAAAGAGCUUUUCCAUGGAGUUAGCUGAUGGAGCCGAAUGACAGGAGGUAGGAGCAAGUGCUCGUCUGUGUCUGUGGACUUUGCAUGACUAGUUGAGGCAGGACCCUCAGACUACAGUAAAGAUGGCGCAUCGUGGUGUGAGCUUCGACAUAGAUGACCACUUCAUGGAGGCAGGACCAGAAAGCCCUGCAGAUGAGGAUGUGGUUCAUGACUCCUUCACUCGGCUUAUUGAAGAACAGACCCAAGAUCUAAAUAGUUAUCAAGAGGCGAUAGAGAUGAACCCUCUUCAGGAAGAAUCCGAUGAUUUCUUACCCUUUGCUCUUGAUGAGCAGGGGGGCGCGACUGAACCGUUGGUGGAAGAGCGCUGGUCCUCAGACACACUCAGGGUUCUUUCCUCAAUGCCCAGCCGCACCAUUGGACGCAGUCGAGGCGCCAUCCUUUCCCAAUGUUAUUCCCGCACCAUGCAGAUGUGCAGGCACAGACAAAGCCGACCCUCAAUCCGCUCUUUCUCUCGCUCCGCCCGGCCCAGCAUCUGUGGCUAUCGUGUUGACAGCAACUCUGAGAACUUCGACAGGGAAGCAGAGAAUAAGAGGGAGCGGCUGGUAAAUAACUUGCAGAACCUGUCUGCGGGUGAUCGCGUGCGCAUGAUAAAAGCUAUUCCCUUGAACUUGGAAGAGAGGCGGAAACUCAGCCAUUUGGCCAACUCUGGCCGGUCUACCUACCUCGACCAAGUCCCGUGCUGCAGCCACCUCAGAGAUUGUUUUGUCAUUUCUCUGAAACAAAGGUGGUACACCUGGCUGUCCUUCGUCUCCUCACUGCAGUUAUGGCAGACAGCUCUGAAGACAGUCAGUGGCCGCUUCGGGACUGGUGUCCUCUCCUACUUCGUCUUCCUCAGGAAGCUUUUCUUCUUUAAUGUAUUCCUUUUCCUCAUAAUGGGGCUGUUUCUAGUGAUUCCUCAAGCCGUGCAGCUUCCAAAACAAACCAGAUCUAUGCUCUACGGCCUGGAGGUGCUCACCGGGACGGGUUAUUUUAAAGACUCUGUGAUGUACUACGGCUACUAUAUUAACUACACUUUUAUAAAGACCUGCAGUGAUGGGAACCAGAGUAUCUGUAGCUCUCAUCUAUCCUAUAAUAUGCCUCUGGCCUAUUUCUUCACCAUCGGAGUGGCAUUCUUCAUCACCUGCAUCAUCCUCGUGUACAGUAUGUCCAAGUCAUUUGGACAGAGUUUUCGAAUUGACCGGUCCAAAGGUUUACUUGCCAUAAAGGUCUUUAGUUCUUGGGAUUUUAAAGUCAGUAAGAAAUCCUCUGUUGGACUGCAAUCUGAAAACAUCACUACUCAGCUCAAAGAGCUCUUAGCAGAGGUGAACCGUGAGAAGGUGAAGUCUCCUUUACUUCAGCGCGUGCCAGUUUUUCUCAUCCAGUCACUUGCCUGGAUCAUAUGCAUCGUGAGCACUGGAGUGUGUUCCCUCGGCGUCUACUACUUCUGUGUAUAUGUGCAUAAGAGUUACAUAAACAGUACUGACCGUUCCGGACUGCUGGAAGAAGCUAGAAUGCUGGCUCUCCCCGUGGUUGUGUCAUCCAUUAAUCUGCUCCUGCCCGGCUUCUUUAAUGUCGUGGCCUGGAUGGAAGACUACGAGUCGCCGAGCACACACAACUACAUUGCCAUUUUCAGGAACUUGAUGUUGAAAAUGAGCCUGCUUGCAGUUUUGUGCCAUCACUGGCUGGGUCAGGUAGCAACUGGCCAAAAUAAAUCACUGUGCUGGGAGAGUUUUGUGGGGCAGGAGCUGUAUAGAUUCCUGUUAAUGGACUUCAUCUUCACAAUGCUCGAUACCUUCUUUGGGGAGUUUCUGUGGCGGUUGUUUUCACAGAAGGUUCUGAAGAGGGAAAGAAAGCCAGUGUUUGAUAUUGCCCGGAAUGUUCUCGAGCUCAUUUAUGGACAGACAUUAGCUUGGUUGGGAGUUCUGUUUUCACCCCUCCUGCCUGUAGUGCAGGUUAUCAAGCUGUUCCUGAUUUUCUACAUGAAAAAGACAAGUCUGAUGAUGAACUGUCAGGCUCCCAGAAAGGCAUGGAGGGCGAGUCAGAUGACCACCUUCUUCAUUACCCUCCUCUGCUUCCCAUCUUUCCUGGGUGCAUCAGUGUGCGUCACCUAUACCAUGUGGACGAUCAGACCCUCCGAGAACUGUGGGCCGUUCCGUGGCCUCGCCACCAUGUUUCAAGCAGGAAAAGUAUGGGUGAAAGAGCUGGCCACUAAUAACAGUCAUCUGACCUGGCUCCCUUUUGUUCAUUCAUACCUGGUGGAGAACCCUUUCUUCCUCUUUCUCACUGCUGGAAUCUUCAUAAUAGUUAUCUAUUUCCACAGCCAAGUGGUGGAUGGACAGAGGAAGAUUAUUGAGCUGCUACAGGAACAGAUUGAAAAUGAGGGAGAAGACAAGAAGUUCCUCAUUACUCGAUUACAAGACAUCCACGAGCAGAAACGUCCACGUUCCCAGCAUCACAGCAGGGCAACCAGAGAGGAGUCCAGUUUCACAUGACUUUGCCAUGAAGUCACCAGCUCUUCAGUGGGAAAAGAGUUAAGUUGCAACUGGAGCCCCCUGCUGUCGCAGAUCUGUGUUACAGGCUAACAGAAGUAACAUAGCUAGUUCUGCACAGGCAUUACCCUACAGCUUGGCAUCACACCGAUCGAUGGACUUAAGCUUUUACUUUACUGCCCAGAAACAUUUUAUUACUCCUCAAACCAGUUUUGAAAAACAUAUUUUUAUCUUGCAUGGACUUGCACAGUUCUAGAAAUGCUUUCUAGUAUAUUUCUAGUAAAACAUUUUACAUCCAAGAAAGUAGGAAACUGAUGUUGUAGCAGGAAGUGAACUGCGUAUAUAUACUGUAUGCACCUGAGAAAACAUAUAAUUAUGUAAGCAAGGCUGUGAACAACAUAUUUAUAUAAUGGUCAAUUUAAUAUGUAAAGAUCAGUUUAAUAUGUGUUUUAAAUCUAAGGGUUUUUUACAGUGUCUCAUCACAAAUGAUACAUAAACGUGGGAGGGAAGAACCACUGAACAAAGGGAUAGUUCCAUUUUGGUCAUGUCUUUUAACAGUUUUUCAUACAGUAUGUGAUUUUAUAUGAUAAUUUUUGUAUUACUGUGUUUUAAAUAAAUUUUAAAGAUGUAAAGUCUACAUUUAAGGUAUACCUGUGAUACACAAUGAAAAGUCAUAAGUUCCUGAACAUUUGCAUUCUGACCACUAGGAUGCUGUGGCAAUAUUUAAUCACAGUUAUAAAAUGUUGUGCCAGGAGCAGAGUGACGUU